AUGGCAAUUGGAGGGAAUAAUAUCACUCUUAUAAAUAAAGUUAAAACUUACAUAGGUUCCUGCUUCAAAAUCAAAGAUUUAGGUCCUUUAAAAUAUUUUCUAGGGCUGGAAGUUAGUCAUACAAAAGCAGGAUUAUAUAUAUGUCAAAGAAAGUAUGCAUAUGACAUUCUAAAAGAUACAGGUUUACAAACUUCUAAACAACACAAUUCUCCAAUAGAUAUGAACAUCAAAUUAUCCAUUACACAAAGAACACCAUUAGAGGAUCCUUUACAAUUUAGAAGACUUAUUGGGAGAUUAAUGUAUCUUACUUUAACAAGACCAGACAUUAGUUAUGCAGUAAACACUUUGAACCAAUUCAUACAACAUCCUACUGAUAUUCAUAUGACUGCAGCUACUCGCAUUGUUAAAUAUAUCAAAGGAAAUUUGGCACAAGGCCUUUUCUAUCCUACAACUAACCCCUUGCAGGUUAAAGCUUAUUGUGAUUCAGAUUGGGCUUCAUGCUCAAACACAAGGCGUUUAGUAACAGGUUACAUGGUCAAAAUUGGUGAAGCUUUUAUUUCCUGGAGGUCAAACAAACAGAAAACAGUAUCUAAGUCUUCAGCUGAAGCUGAAUACCGAGCCAUGGCAUCUACAACUAGUGAAUACGCGUGGAUCAACAGUCUAUUCAAGGAAUUACAAAUACAGAUUUCUCAUCGUAUGGAUCUAUUUUGUGACAAUCAAGCUGCCAUGCACAUAGCUACUAAUCAUGUAUUUCAUGAAAGAACAAAGCAUAUUGAAAUUGACCUCUACUACACCAGAGAGAAGGUGGAAGAAGGCAUGAUAAAAUUAAAAUACCUCAAAUCUGCUGAGCAACCUGCGGAUCUCCUCACAAAGGCCCUUUCAGUUGCUCGUCUUCAGCACUUGCUUUCCAAGCUCAACAUGAUCCUUUAUCAUGUUUAG